AUGCUGCUGCUCCCCGUGCGGCGGGCGCCGGGCAGGGGCCGGGGGCGACCGGCCGGGGGUCCCCGCCGCGCGCUCUCGCUGCUCUGGAACCCCGCCUGGAUUUGCUGCUGGGCGCUCGCCGGCUGCCAGGCAGUCUGGGCUGGGGACUCGUCCUCCUCGGGCCGCCCGCUUCCUGCGUGUCAGGAGAAAGAUUACCACUUUGAAUAUACAGAAUGUGAUAGCACUGGCUCCAGGUGGAGGGUCGCCAUUCCGAAUUCUGCAGCGGAUUGCUCUGGCCUGCCUGACCCAGUGAGAGGCAAAGAAUGCACUUUCUCCUGUGCUUCUGGAGAGUAUCUAGAAAUGAAGAACCAGGUGUGCAGUAAGUGUGUUGAAGGCACCUACUCCUUGGGCAGUGGCAUCAAAUUCGAUGAAUGGGAUGAGUUGCCAGCAGGAUUUUCCAACGUUGCAACCUUCAUGGACACCGUGGUGGGCCCUUCUGACAGCAGGCCAGAUGCCUGUAACAAUUCUUCUUGGCUUCCUCGUGGGAACUAUAUAGAGUCUAACCGUGAUGACUGCACUGUGUCUCUGAUCUAUGCUGUGCACCUUAAGAAGUCAGGCUACGUCUUCUUUGAGUACCAGUACGUGGACAACAACAUCUUCUUUGAGUUCUUUAUUCAGAAUGACCAGUGCCAGGAGAUGGAUGCCACCACAGACAAGUGGGUGAAGCUCACGGACAGCGGAGAAUGGGGUUCCCAUUCUGUAAUGUUGAAAUCAGGCACAAAUAUUCUGUACUGGAGGACAACAGGCAUCCUUCUGGGUUCCAAGGCAGUCAAGCCCGUGCUAGUAAAAAAUAUCACCAUUGAAGGGGUGGCGUACACCUCAGAGUGCUUUCCAUGUAAGCCAGGGACUUUCAGCAACAAACCAGGCUCAUUUAACUGCCAACUGUGCCCCAGAAACACCUAUUCUGAGAAAGGGGCUAAAGAAUGCAUAAAGUGUAGUGAGGACUCCCAAUUUUCAGAGGAAGGAGCCAGUGAGUGUGUGGAUCGCCCACCCUGCACUACCAAAGACUAUUUCCAGAUCCAUACCCCCUGUGAUGAAGAAGGAAAGACACAGAUAAUGUACAAGUGGAUAGAGCCAAAAAUCUGCAGGGAGGAUCUCACGGAUGCUAUUAGGCUGCCCCCUUCUGGAGAGAAGAAGGAUUGUCCCCCAUGCAACCCAGGAUUCUAUAACAAUGGCUCUUCUUCUUGCCAACCCUGCCCUCCCGGGACGUUUUCAGAUGGAACAAAGGAAUGCAAGUCAUGUCCGGCCGGAACAGAGCCAGCGCUUGGGUUUGAAUAUAAGUGGUGGAAUGUCCUCCCUGCCAACAUGAAAACUUCCUGCUUUAAUGUUGGUAAUUCCAAGUGUGAUGGAAUGAAUGGUUGGGAGGUGGCUGGAGAUCACAUCCGGAGUGGAGCUGGAGGCUCUGACAAUGAUUAUCUCAUCUUAAAUUUACACAUCCCAGGAUUUAAACCACCAACAUCUAUGACUGGAGCCACAGGUUCUGAACUAGGAAGGAUAACAUUUGUAUUUGAGACUCUCUGCUCAGCUGAUUGUGUUCUGUACUUCAUGGUGGAUAUAAAUAGAAAAAGUACCAAUGUGGUGGAAUCAUGGGGAGGAACCAAAGAAAAGCAAGCUUAUACGCAUGUCAUCUUCAAGAAUGCAACCUUUACAUUUACAUGGGCAUUCCAGAGAACAAAUCAAGGCCAAGAUAACAGACGUUUCAUCAAUGAUGUGGUGAAGAUUUAUUCUAUCACAGCCACUAAUGCAGUUGAUGGGGUAGCCUCAUCAUGUCGUGCCUGUGCCCUGGGUUCUGAGCAGUCAGGCUCAUCAUGUGUACCCUGCCCCCCAGGGCACUACAUCGAGAAAGAAACCAACCAGUGCAAAGAGUGUCCAGCUGACACCUACCUGUCCAUCCACCAGGUCUAUGGCAAGGAAGCUUGCAUUCUGUGUGGGCCUGGAAGUAAAAGCACCCGGGAUCACUCGCUUUGCUACAGCGACUGCUUGUUCUACCAUGAAAAAGAAAACCAGAGUCUGCACUAUGACUUCCGCAACCUCAGCAGUGUGGGCUCGCUCAUGAACGGCCCCAGCUUCACCUCCAAGGGAACGAAGUACUUCCAUUUCUUCAAUAUCAGUUUAUGUGGGCAUGAGGGGAGAAAGAUGGCUCUCUGUACCAACAAUAUUUCAGACUUUACGGUAAAGGAAAUGGCGACAGGGUCAGAUGAUUACACGAAUUUGGUUGGAGCAUUUGUAUGUCAGUCAACUAUUAUCCCUUCUGAAAGUAAGGGCUUCCGGGCAGCCUUGUCAUCUCAGUCUAUCAUUCUGGCAGAUACAUUUUUAGGAGUCACAGUUGAAACUGCCUUGCAAAACGUUAAUAUCAAGGAGGAUAUGUUCCCAAUGUCGCCGAGCCAAGUGCCAGAUGUGCACUUCUUUUAUAAGUCCUCCACAGCCACCACAUCUUGUAUUAAUGGCCGAUCGACUGCUGUGAAAAUGCGGUGUAAUCCCAUGAGACCUGGUGCGGGUGUGAUAUCGGUCCCCAGCAAGUGUCCAGCUGGUACCUGCGAUGGUUGUACAUUCUAUUUUCUAUGGGAGAGUGCAGAAGCUUGCCCUCUGUGCACAGAGCAUGACUUCCAUGAGAUUGAGGGAGCCUGCAAGAGAGGGCUUCAGGAAAUAUUAUAUGUAUGGAAUGAGCCUAAGUGGUGCAUCAAAGGAAUUACUUUGCCCGAGAAGAAGUUGUCAACCUGUGAAACAGUUGACUUUUGGCUAAAAGUAGGAGCUGGUGUGGGGGCAUUCACAGCUGUUUUGUUGGUGGCUUUAACGUGCUACUUUUGGAAAAAGAAUCAAAAGCUGGAAUACAAAUAUUCUAAAUUAGUAAUGACAACUAACUCAAAAGAAUGUGAACUCCCAGCUGCAGACAGCUGUGCUAUCAUGGAAGGCGAAGAUAAUGAAGAGGAUGUUGUAUAUUCCAACAAACAGUCAAUACUAGGAAAACUUAAGUCUUUGGCCACAAAGGAAAAAGAUGACCACUUUGAGUCUGUUCAGCUGAAAUCCUCAAGAUGCCCCAAUAUAUGAAGAGAUAAUGCUGUAGCUUUCAGGACC